AUGGAGCCAGGCACGUUAGUGUGGUGCGAUGAGCCAAAGGGAGACUCGGCGUGGAUUUUGGCUGAAGUUGUGUCUCGAACAGAUGAUGAGUUGACAGUAAAGCAAACGGACAAGCGGGACAAUGUGUUCAGUCGCCCUUCAGAGAUUGUUGACGAAGAGUCUGGAAUGAAAAAGUUCAAAGGCGUCGAACUCGCAAAUACAAAGCUGAGUGAUGAAGAAAGAGAGGAAGGUCGAGAUGAUGAUCUCAUCACACUUCCGCAUUUGCACGAACCCGCUAUUUUGCACGCCAUUUCCGAGCGUUUCUUCUACGGCAAAAUCUACACUUGGACUGGACCUGUCUUGAUUGCGGUCAAUCCCUUUCAGCGGUUGCCUCUUUAUACAAAUGAAAUUCUAGAGGCGUAUCGUCGUGAAGGUCUUUUUCGAUCUCAAGGCAUGGGAACACCAGGAUCCGAGCUAGAACCACACAUCUUUGCUAUUGCAGAUCGAUCGUAUCGACAAAUGAUGCAGGAACAACGCAAAUCGCAGGCCAUUUUGAUUUCCGGAGAGUCAGGAGCUGGAAAAACAGAAUCAACAAAGAUUGUCAUGCUCUACCUCACCACACUUGGAAACACUGGAAUGGAAAACAAUCAAGAAGAUACUGGAGAGCUCAGUGUCAUGCAAAAGGUCCUGCAAUCCAAUCCUGUUUUGGAGGCAUUCGGUAACGCCAAAACUCUGCGAAAUGACAACUCUUCUCGAUUCGGAAAGUUCAUCGAGCUGGGAUUCACACGUGCGGGACACUUGAUUGGAGCCCGUGUCGAGACAUAUUUGCUGGAGAAAGUUCGUCUCGCAUUCCAUGCCUCUGGAGAACGUAACUACCACAUUUUCUACCAGCUGCUUCGUGGAGCAUCCGAAGAGGACAAGCUCAAGUAUGAAUUCAACGAUGGAGACACGGGUGGUAUGGAACUUCCCAUGUAUUACCAUUUCACAGGCCAAGGAGGAGCACCGCAUCUUCGAGAAUUCACUGACGAAUCCGGUUUGGAGUACACUAUCAAGGCCAUGAGGAACCUUGGCUGGUCGCAAGAGACGAUUGACUCGGUGAUGUCUUUGAUCGCCGGUAUCAUUCAUCUAGGUCAAAUCAGCUUCAACAAGAAAGUGGAUGAUGCGAGUGGUUUAGAAAUUGCCGAAGUAGGCGAGGCCAAGGAGAUGGAACUCACCGCCCGACUCUGCGGGGUCGACUUGGAAAAAUUGAACACUGCCUUGACGGAGAGGGUAAUUGUGGCGAGAGGACAAGAAAUCAAGACCCAACUAACUGUGGAGAAAGCCCAAGACGCUCGCGAUGCUCUUGCCAAGACAAUCUAUGGAGCCCUUUUCUUGUGGGUCGUCGAACAGGUCAACAAGAGUAUCAAAUGGGAGAACGACGGUGAUGUGAGAUCGUCUGUGGGUGUUCUGGAUAUCUUUGGUUUCGAAUGCUUCUCCAUUAACUCCUUCGAACAGCUGUGUAUCAAUUUCACGAACGAGGCUCUGCAGCAGCAGUUCAACAAGUUCAUUUUCAAGCUCGAACAAGCAGAGUAUGAAGCAGAGUCUAUCGAAUGGGCAUUCAUUUCGUUCCCUGAUAACCAGGACUGUCUGGAUACUAUUCAAAAGCCCAAAACCGGAAUCCUCUCGAUGCUUGACGAUGAGUGCCGUCUUCCGAAAGGAAGUGACAAGAACUGGUGCAAGCGCAUGUGCGACUUUUAUCUUCCAAACAAAAACCAAACAACCUCGGACAACACACGCUUCGUUUCGAGCAAGAUCCAACAAAGUAAAGCCGUCUUUUGUGUCAGGCACUUUGCUGGACUCGUCGAGUACACUGCCGAAACAAAUUUCAUGGAAAAGAACAAGGACGAAAUUCCACUGACGGCCCAGAAUAUGCUUGAUACAGCACCGAACCAGCUUGUCAAAGAUAUCUACGACGUGCAAAAGAAGGAGACGGAAGGAAGGGCACCCGAAGCGACAGGCAAACCUGGAAGAGCGCCCAAGUCGAAGACGGUCGGUCAACAAUUCAAAGAACAACUCAACAAUUUGAUUGAACAGGUUUCCAAAACUGAUCCUCACUACAUUCGUUGCUUGAAGCCAAACGAUGCCGCCAAGCCCAAGAUGCUGACGCGCAAGAGGUUGACAGAGCAGCUGCGAUAUGGUGGUGUCUUGGAAGCUGUUCGCGUUGCUCGUGCUGGAUACCCUGUUCGGCUGGUUCAUGAGCAGUUCUUCCAGCGAUACCGUAUGCUUCUGCCCUCAGUGUCCGCCGACAAAUUGCCCUGGAAUAUGGAUGGCCACGGAUCCGAGGAUCUCUGCGUGAAAUUAGUUGAUUGCGUCAUUGCUGAAGGUAAAAAGACCCAAGAAGCGACAGGGAAUGCCCCGUUGGAUCCAAACGAAUCUGGAAUCUCACGGUCCGAGAAAAUUAGACGAAUGCAGACGCAGCCGGCACCGCUUCUUUUUCCCAAGUCAGAUGUGCAACUUGGAAAGACUAAGGUGUUCAUGAGAAAGCCGCCUCAUGAUGUUCUGGAAGCUCACAGAGUCUUCCAACAACGCGCUAGCGCCACUGUCAUGCAAAGCUGGGUGAGAGGGCUGAUGAAAGAAAAGCGCUAUCUGGAUAUGCUGCAUGCAGCACGGCUUAUCGAAAGGUUCUACCGUGGAUGCAAAGGCCGCGAAAGGUGGUGGAAGCUUCGAGGAGAAGCAGCAGGUAAUCUCCUCACCAACAACUUCAGAAUGCUUAUCGUGUGGCGACGAUACAACAGAGCCAGGAAGGGAACCAUCAAGUUCCAGGCAGCUUCCCGCGGCAGACAAACCCGGAAAAUGGUCGCGGCCGUCCAGGCCCAAAAGAUCUAUCGCGGAUACAUCGCCCGGAAAAGAUUUCUUCAGUACAAGUCUGCCAUCAUUUCGCUUCAAUGUGCCGCGAGAAAAAAUGCUGCCACGAAGGUACUGAACGAGUUUAAACGCGAACAGAAGGAUGUCGGCAAACUCAAACAAAACAACGAAAAACUGAAAACGGAGAUGGCAAGUCUUCGAGCUAUGCUUGCCGCCCAGGCUAAGGAAGGCGAGUCUGAGGCACGAAACGCAAAGGAAAUGGAGGCGAAACAAACUGAAAUCGAAAAUCUUGAAAAGAGAAUUGCCGAGUUGGAGAAGGAACUUGAGGAGGCGAAGAAAUUAGUGGAUAAGGUGGAGUCGGAUAUCAAGACGCAGGCAGCUCAAUUCGCCUCAGAAAAAGAACAGUUGGAGCAACGGGUGCAAUAUCACGUAUCACAACGCGCUUCAACUGUCAUGCCAUCUCAUGCGGCGCCACCCGGUUCUCCAAAGCCCACCAAACGAGCGGUGGAAGCUACCGCAGAAAUCAGUUUACCACCUCUUGCCGAAGGCGAGAAGGGCGUAACAGUCAACCCUGAAGUUCUUGCGCAACAUAGAGCUCAUGUUCAAAAGCUCGAAGAGACACUCGAAGCAGAAAAGAAGCUGCGACGCGAAGCAGAUGGAGAAAUCAUCAAGCUCCGUGCUGCCAUCAACGGUGUCAAGCUGGACGAUUCUGAGGUUGAUGCCCUGCUGGGCAAGAAGAAGGGCGCGUCGGCUAUCCCAGCCCCGAGUCACCCGAAAGUUGUUGAUUUGGUGUCUGACACAAGCGCUCAGCACCACCGAAAGGAACACCACCGCAAGGAGCCCCGAUCAUCUAUCGUCAAAGCUACUGCAGAAUUUCUUCCGAAGAUCAAGCGCGGCUUCUUCGGCGGAGAGGAGAAGGAAGAUGACAAUAUCGUUUCGGCUGGCUGGAAGGUCGAAGUGCGAACACGAAAGGAAAGAGAAGAAACUCUACGUGAUGGCGUGCACCAAUUCGAGAUCAAGAUGAAGAAAUUCAUCCACCAGCUGGAGGAGGGAGUCGAGACGGUAAUGUGGCAAGUUAACCGAAGUGCUGAACAAACGGCUCCAGAGGAUGAAUUUGCUGUCAAAGCUUCACAUGUGACGAUUAAGAUGCAACGCAAGGGCGAUCUCUACUUGCAAUCUGUUCUGAACUUCAAUCUGCGUGGAGGAUACUUGAGCAAGGCGAUCGGCCGAAACCGUCAAGUCGACAAGACGGCUCUAGAGCCAUUGUCAAUGGGCGAGAUUCUGGAGGUGAAGGCUGGCUGCGCUGGCUUUGAUCACACAGAACUGCCAUCUGCUGCUGGUAGGGAGAAGAAAUCCAAGUCCAAGAGCAAAAAGAGCAAGGGUGAGAGUGAAAACAGGCAGUCAAGUCUGUUUUUGACCGUCAAGGCCACCCCAACACCCAUUGCCCACGAAAGAUCGUAUAUUAUUCGUUUCAAGUCACGAUCUGCACGUAAUGAUGUAUUGCAUGGUCUUCGCAGUGUCCUUGCCGAUAUGCAGAUCCAGGAAGGUGUCAGCAUCUCCGGACUUCAAUUCAAUCAACAGGCUGCCGAUCAAGACGAAGACAAAAUCAUGGUUCCCUUGUCGGCUGUCAACCAAGUCAUCAACAAGGAGCGUGAAGCCUACGAUCGUAUCCUAUUGAUGCUCCUCCAGGGAAGCGAAGAUCUCAAGGACAAGGAGGACGAGUUGCUCAGUCUACGUAGUAAAUUGGAGAGUGUUGUACAAGAGUCAGCAGAGAAGGAUCGCGUGCAAGCGAAUGACUCCAAGUUGAUCAUGCAACUCAGUAAGAAGUUGGAGACGUUGCUUAUGGACAACGAGGACUUGCGAGACCAGAACGAUCGCCUCAACACCCGCUUGGUUGCUGUGGAAUGCGAGAAGAUGAAUCUAAUAGCCCAAAGUCAGAAGUAA